AAGCGGUGGCGACCUAUUCGUUCCCACUUCAAAUGGCGUAUUACUUAUCAUGGUAGACCCAUCACGGUCAAGAGGAAAGGAAAUCGUUUCCAACCGAGGUAUGGCGGUCGAAAGCUCAAGUGGCGUCGUGGAUAUCGGCGAAGACCAGUCCGACGGCGACGAAGAUACAAAGGAAGACGUGGGAGACGAAACCGCAGGAGAAACCGAAGGAGAAGAUACCGAAGGAAACGAAGGCGAAGGAGACGAAGAAACAGGAGGAGAAGACGACGGCAAAGGCGAAGAAGAAGACGUCGACGACGACGCCGAAGACGAAGGCGGAGAAGGAGACGAAGAAGGAGACGUUAUAAAAGUAAAAUUUACUUACGUGAGUGUUAUCAGUCAAGGUUUCGAAGACCGAAAGUACGGUCCUAGGCGUGGUCCUGUGUUGGGUGGUCGUUCUCGCGCUUACAUCAAGGUGAACGGUGUCGAAAAGUCUCUCGGCCGACGUGGUAUUAAUGUUGUGGUUAUUAGCAAGAGAACAGGUCGCACCUUGCGGAGAGUUUCCUUUGACACUCAUGGAAGUGUUAACCAUGCUAAACGUUUUUACAGCUAUAUCAAAAAGAUCCCCUAUGGGAGUGUCGUUGCGGUUUCCGUUCAAGAUGAAGCGUUUAGGUAUGGAAAACGAUACCUCAAUGUCUUGAAGAAAAUUGGCGCAAAUGGGAGAAACUUUAGGUUUGGCUACAGGGGUAGUUACGCCCUCAUAGGGUACAAAGGCCGUCGCCGUCGCCGAUGGUGGAUCAGAGAGGCAAGCCGUCGGAAAAAGAGAGGACCCAGUGCAGUGUAUGCGCGUAUCCCUAAAACGAGAAGACGAGGAUAUGGAAGGCGAUUUAGAAGACCACGAAGAGCUAUCAAAUACCAUGGACGGCGCUGUGUGGUUAGGAGAAGAAGGAGAUAUGUUGUUCGCUUGGGCCGAAAGAAGAAGAUCAUUCGACGAUUUUUACGUAAAAUAAGAAUCAAGUUGUUACGAAAAUACAGGAAGAUAAAGCGCAUCAGUGGCCGUUGGAGGGUGCGUAUAAAGCGACGUUGGUGUAGGCUGCGAAAACUCGGUAAAGGCUGGUUUUAUCGUUGGCGGAGACGUUGGAAGAAAAUAAGACGCGUUAGACUGACCUGUCGUAUAAGAGGUCGACGACGCAGGGUUCGACGCCGACGAAGGAGAUGGCUUGUUCGAGUCAAAAGACGCUGGAGACGUUGCAAGCGUCGCGUCACGAGAUACAUCAGGUAUCGAAAGAAGAGAGUCAUCGUGCGGAUAGGUAGAGGAGGGUACCGUGUACAACUGAGAAACGGCAAAUAUGGAAAAACAAGGAGGUUCAGAAUUAUUUACCGCCGUAAGUAUUGA